AUGUCUGCAGAAGAGUCAACUUUUGCGUUGAAAGAUGAAGGUAUACCGCAGGAGCACGCAGAUGCAGCAAACGACGAAGUCGAGGAGAUGAAGACUUCACGCAAACCUGGCUCUCAGCCGUUGAUGUUACUUCCACACGGUAAAUAUACACGCAAGGCAUCAAACUAUUUUCUCGAGAGUAUAAGGAAUACGCAAGCUCCCAAACUCGCCCAGCUCCUUGAGACAUCGGACGUCGAAAAUAGAUUUGUUGGUUCUGAACCCGGUGCAUGCGUUGAUCUGGAAAGUCCUAGAGAGCAAAAAUCUCUGAGAACGGACUACGUUUAUACUAUACUGGCCCUUAAUGACAUGUCGUACUCGAAUGGGUUACCAGCAAUUGGCCCGAAUGCAGCAAAAUUUUAUUUGCGAAAAGGUGAAGCAUUGCACUUCAUGGGUGACCAAUUGCAGACAUGGAGUGGAAGAGGUGGAGGGAAUUUAAUUUGGUUCUAUUGGAGAAACUUAAAGGUUCGGAAAUAA